ACGCUAAUAUUCAUGCUCAGGCCGCCAGAGGGGCUGGGCUCGCAGGCACGGGCGAAGCUAGAAGACCUGCCGAGAGAUGGAUUGAGAGAGAGAGAAGGUUCAUGACGUUUGGGGAAGAAGGGGAGACUAACGGGCGAGGCGUAAAUAAGGGCCCUUGGUUCCCCCUUCCCCCAAACUUGUCCGGUGGUUUAGUUCGGUUCGAUAUCUCCCCAUCUUCAACGACGUGUCGGGUGGCCAUGGAAUAAGGGAAACUCCUCCCAUUAUCCCUAUCGUUCUGUCUAACACGAUCUUGAUAUACACCAAAGAUAAAAAAGAAGGGAAUCAAGCAACCCGGGUCCAACAUGAACAGCUUCAACCCCCGCCGGGUGUCCUACCUCAGGCCACCCACAACGGUCUUUGAGACGCGCGAGUCCUGGGCUUCGCCGUACCCUUCCCUCAGCUCCAUCGGAUAUCCGCCGUCAGCGAGGACGGCUGACGGGAAAAUGGCAUCGGCCAUCUGGCACCGCACCUUCAACCACGUCGACUACGCCGAGUACAAGGCGGCCUGCGACGCCGAGAGGGCAGCCAGGCCCGAACGCGACCCGGACAUCUUCUCGGUGGAGGCCAACCCGACCAGGCGCGGCUUCUCCAGGCUCGGGGCCAUGUUCACUAUCUACCCGUACCGCGACAUGGGGUGGCUUGUCACCAUGGUCUUCAUCAUGGCGGCCGUGAGCUUCACCCUGAACGGCGUCUUCAGCCUCGUCCACUCGGUCAGCCCCCGUCAGCUCGACUUCCCCGGCAGCGAGUUGGCCUCGCAGGUCACCUUCGUCCUCGGCAGCUCGCUGCUGACGCUCAGCUCCUGGAUGGGCCUGCUCGCCGCCUUCAACGUCGACCGCGCCGAGCUGGACCCCAAGAAGGACGCGCCCGACGCGUACAAGCCGGCGCUCCUCGGCAGCGACGAGUUCGUCUGGUGGGCCAACUGGUACGAGUUCAAGAACAUCUUCUGGCCCAGCACCGCCUUCCGCGCCGGCGUCCUCCAGCUGCUGGCCGGGUCCUUCUUCACCAUCGCCGCCGUCGGCGCCCUGCCCGGCGUGCUCGACCUCACCCACCCGCACGCCUACAUCAUCUUCAUCUCCUCGCCCCAGCUCAUCGGCGGCAGCUUCUUCGUCCUCGCCGGCCUGCUGCAGAUCUACUUGUCCCAGAACAACUGGUACCUCCCCCUCAUCCUCGACGCGAGCUGGCAGAACGGCUUCUGGAACCUGGUCGGCGCAAGCGGCUUCCUGGCCGUGGGCGUCGUCACCCUCCUCUCAAAGGACGCAGCCGUCACGAUUGCCUCGCUCUCGUUGAUGACCGGGGUCGGCUUCUUGGUGGCGAGUCUCAUUCAGUGGUACAUCCUUAUGGAGUUCUACCCCGUCGACCCGUACUGGGUCGACCCGUUUACGGCGGCAGAGAUUCCUCCGCAGUCGAUUUAUUAA